AUGGGCUUUGUAUUUUCUCGCCCCGCAGCGGCUGCCGCAUUGCCCAUCGCGCUCCCGACGCUCAUCAUCCGCAAUCUCACCAUCACGCCGUUGGAACUAAAAUUGGUUGAGCGCUUGGAACCCCAUGCGCAUCACCACCCACACGGGACAAGGUCUCUUGUCAAGGUUUCGUCUCAGCCGGACGACCGCCAAGAACAGUCCCACGAGCCAGAAGCCCCAUUACCGUCCGCACCGAGCGACAACGAGCAUGUUCCGGCAAAGCAUGAGCUCACUGGAGUGACGAUCGCGCCGUUCUCCGAAUGCCACUCUCCAGUCUACACGCCAGAUCCAGCCCAUCAUGAGCAACUCCGCCUCACUUUUGAAGAUACCAGCACAGGACAUCGGUACCAUGCCGAAAUCCCAGCACUAUCGAAACGGAGUAUAGUCCUCAAACCCGACCCAGAGAACGAAGAGGGAGAAACGAAGGAAUUCACCGCUGUCUACCUUCCUCAACAUGCCUACCUUGCCUUAAUGAGCUCGGCCAACCUCUCCUCAUGGAUGUCCACCCUAGACCCGUCCCUUCCCCUAUCCUCGCUGUCUAUCCCAGGCACCCAUAACUCUCCAACCUGCUACGUCGCCCUACCAUCAGUCCGCUGCCAAGCGGUGUCAGUACUCGACCAACUCAACAACGGCGUGCGCUUCCUCGACGUGCGGGUGUCCUGCCCGCCUUACAACCCCCCAUCACCCACGACAAAGCACACAGACAACGAGACCAAAGCCACCGCCUCCUCCCCAGCCAAGCCGGAACUCUCCCUCGUCCACUCCGCCUUCCCAAUCUCCCUCACAGGCCCCAAAUACCUCUCCACCCUCCUCGCCACCGUACACGACUUCCUCGCCGCCAACCCCAGCGAGACCAUCCUCCUCUCUCUCAAACGCGAGGGCACCGGCCGCGGCACCGACGCCGACCUCUCACGUAUCCUACACGCCCACUACACCACCACCACCACCCACGAUGCCAACACCGACACCAGCACUGGCACCACCACCAAAUGGUACACUUCCCCCAAAAUCCCCACGCUCGCCCAAUGCCGCGGCCGCAUAGUCCUCGUCCGGCGAUUCGUGCUAGCACCCACGGUACCCUCAACCUCAGGCGGCAUCGACGGCUCAGUCUGGCCCGACAACGUCGCCGACGGCACAUGUGGCAGCGGCACGAUCCGCAUCCAGGAUUACUACGGGGUCCGCAGCGGGAGGGAGAUACCCAACAAGGUGCGGUUCGCACAGGAGGGACUGGAGAGGGCCGCGCAGGGGGUACAUGUGCGUGUGGCAAAGGGUAAUUUGCCGGACGGCGGGCCGUCGUCUAAGAUGCUGCCGCUUUAUAUUAAUUUCUUCAGUGCGAGCAAUUUUUUUAAUGCGAGCUGUUGGCCGGAUCGGAUUGCGGUGAGGAUCAACCCGUCGAUGAUUGAGUAUUUGUGUAUGGGGCAUGGAGUGCCGAAGAAGGGUGCUGGCGAGUUGGAUAUUAUAGGGGAUGCGGCCACCGGCAUUGUGGUGACGGAUUGGGUUGGACAUCAUGGCGAUUGGGACCUUGUUCGGUGCAUUGUGGGAUGGAACGCUAGGUUACAGCUGCGGCAGUAG